UUUUGAGGAUUUCAAGGAUCAAAUCGACAAGUACCGCUAAUGAUAGCACUGCAAGAACGGCUCGUUCAAUUUCUGGUCGGGGUGCUGCUGCUCGUAAAAGUAUAGGUCCAACUGUGAGUACCAACAGUGCUAUCAGCGCAAGGCAGCCGACUUUCAUCUUUGAGAAGUUUUUGGAGAAGCAUUUGUGUUAUACAAAGAAACGGAUUGUUUAUCAUCCUAGCGAGAUAACAACACUUUGUUUGGCAGCUGAGAAUACAUUCAAAAAACAUUACAAAGACGAGUUUUGUGUUGUAAAAAUCAAACGUUUACCACUAUACAUAAUUGGUGACAUCCACGGUAAUUGGCGUCAACUUUUGCGAAUAUUCAAUGUGUUGGGGUUGCCUGGCGAUAAGGCUUAUCUGUUUCUUGGGGAUUGUUUAUCAUCCUAGCGAGAUAACAACACUUUGUUUGGCUGCUGAGAAUACAUCCAAAAAACAUUACAAAGACGAGUUUUGUGUUGUAAAAAUCAAACGUUUACCGCUAUACAUAAUUGGCGACAUCCACGGUAAUUGGCGUCAACUUUUGCGAAUAUUCAAUGUGUUGGGGUUGCCUGGCGAUAAGGCUUAUCUGUUUCUUGAAGGUUAGCAUUUUUUAUUGAAUCUAGUGAUCUUCUGAUUGUUUUUUUACACUAUGUAGAUCGCGGUCUACGCUCUCUGGAGUUGAUUGUUUGUUGAUUUGUUUGAAGAUUAAGUACCCAAAUAGUCAAGAUCUGUAACUUAAGUUUAAGCAAAUAUAAAAAUAUUUUUUGGAAAAAGGAGGAAAAAAGAUUAAGAUAGGGGGAAAGUACCAACUUUUAUUUUUUAGAUAUUAAUUGUUGGCCUUUACAACGGUGACUUUUAUUGCUUUCAACAUUUGAGGGAAAUGUGGGCAAAGUUUUAUGGAAUGGCGGCGGUCCAACAGCAGGCUUGCACUCAAGGGCUAUUACGCAAUUUCAUUGGCUAGAUGAACAUAAAGGAAUACUUAAUAGUGUUGGAUUGGAUGGAAAAGUAAUUAAAAGCAGGUUUAAUUUUAAAAAAAUAUUUAUAUCUUUAAGACCCCUCUGUUGUAUUUUUAUAUUUUUUCUCCCCACUUAUCUC